GCUCCGUGCGCUGCGUCUCCUCGCGGCGCCAGCAGCUCCCCGCCUCGGCCAAGUAGCGGGCAGGGAGCCAGCAGCGCCGAAGUUAUUAACGAGGGGCCGGGCGAGGAGCGGCGGCGGCAGCUGCUGCUGUUGCUGCGGGGGGAGGGGGGCAGGUCAGGGCUGCGGAGGCUGCGCGACGGGAGCCGCUCGCCUCGCCGCCUUCCAGCUGCAGCCAUUUGCCGAGGGCGGGCUGCGGCGCCGGGCGAGAGACCCCCCCCCCCCCCGAGCCGCCGCCGCCGCCGCCGCCGGGAGAGCGCUUGGGUCGCGCUCCGCACGGGGCGCGUCCGUGAAGAGCAGCGCCGACGCCGGAGGCGAGAUGGAGGAAGAUGCUCGCCUGACUCACUUCAGUGGAUGGUCUGCAAAGCCGGCAGCGGGAAGCACUGGGACUCCAGCUGCAGGGAAGGGGAAGCAGUCCCAAGUAGCAGCAGGGAGCUCAGCCCCCAGCCAGCUGCCCUGCUGCUUCCUCCCUCCCUGUGUUGUACAGACACAUGUUGAUAGUAACAAACAGGAAAUAUUCCAGAGGAAGAAGAAUGCUGUCUUGGUGAAUGGUGUCAUUCUGAACGGCCCGAUAACAGAUUCAAAAGCUGGAGAGAAAUUUGUAGAAGAGGCCUGUAAGAUCAUAAUGGAGGAGGUCAUACAGAAAGCUGCUGAUGUAACAGAGAAGGUUUGUGAAUGGCAGCCUCCUGAAAAACUGAAAAAACUUCUCGAUCUGGAAAUGAGGGAUACCGGAGAGCCCCAUCAGAGACUCUUGCAACUUUGCCAGGACAUUAUACGAUACAGCGUCAAAACUAAUCAUCCAAGAUUUUUCAAUCAGUUGUAUGCCGGUAUUGAUUAUUACUCUUUAGUGGCUCGUUUCAUUACAGAAGCAUUAAACCCAAGUGUAUAUACAUAUGAGGUGUCCCCCGUGUUUUUGUUAGUGGAAGAAGCAGUUCUGAAGAGAAUGAUUGAAUUUGUCGGCUGGAAAGAAGGUGAUGGCAUAUUUAAUCCAGGUGGCUCUGUUUCUAAUAUGUAUGCUAUGAACUUAGCUAGGUAUAAAUAUUGUCCUGACAUAAAGGAAAAGGGGCUUUCAGGGUUGCCAAGACUGGUCCUGUUUACAUCGGAAGAGUGUCAUUACUCCAUGAACAAGGCAGCUUCUUUCCUGGGCAUUGGCACGCAGAAUGUUUACUUCAUCACAACAGAUGAAAGAGGUAAGAUGAUACCUGAGGAACUGGAGAAACAAGUCCAGCGGGCCAGGAAAGAGGGGGCAGCACCAUUUCUUGUCUGUGCCACAGCUGGUACAACUGUGUUGGGAGCAUUUGAUCCUCUGGAUAAAAUAGCUGAUAUCUGUGAAAAACAUGGCCUUUGGCUGCAUGUGGAUGCAUCUUGGGGUGGCUCAGCUUUGAUGUCAAGGAAGCAUCGCAAGCUUCUGCAUGGCAUUCACAGGGCUGAUUCUGUUGCCUGGAAUCCCCAUAAAAUGUUGAUGGCAGGAAUCCAGUGCUGUGCUCUUCUGGUGAAAGACAACUCUGACCUGCUUAAGAAAUGCUACUCUGCCAAGGCCUCCUACCUGUUCCAGCAGGACAAGUUCUAUGAUGUCAGCUAUGACACAGGAGAUAAGUCUAUCCAGUGUAGCAGACGACCAGAUGCAUUUAAAUUCUGGAUGACAUGGAAGGCAUUGGGAACUACAGGACUUGAGGAAAGAGUAAACCGAGCUCUUGCCUUAGCUAGAUAUCUAGUAGAUGAAAUUAAGAAAAGAGAAGGAUUCCAGCUUCUGUUGGAGCCAGAGUAUGCGAACAUUUGCUUUUGGUACAUUCCAUCAAGCUUAAGAAAAAUGGAGGAAGGACCUGAGUUCUGGGAGAAGCUCCAUCAGGUUGCUCCUGUAAUCAAAGAGAGAAUGAUGAAGAAAGGGAGCAUGAUGUUAGGGUAUCAACCCCACCGUGGCAAAGUCAACUUCUUUCGCCAGGUAGUGAUCAGUCCCCAGGUGAGCCGUGAAGACAUGGACUUCCUGCUGGACGAGAUUGACUUGCUUGGCAGAGACUUGUAGUUGUAGUUCAGCAGCACCAGGCGCUGCUUAUAUGCAUGAUGUUUACAAGAAUGUUUUCAAGAAUGUUUGUAGCAUACUGGUAUUCUAUUUUGUAACAGGUAGUUGAAAGUUCAACAAGUAGCAAUACUAAGGAUUUCGCAGGUAGAGUACCUCUGGACUUGAGCAUCUGUUCUUACAAGUGGUCAUAGCUGUGCCACUGCUUACAGCAGCUGCGUAAAUGUCACCAUCACUACUGUUCUAAGAAGCAUCUUCUGGUGAUGCUUCUGAGAAUGAUCUCCUAUAUGCUAAUAAGGCAGGUAUUUGGCAGGUACUGGUGGACAGACUGGGCGAGAUUGGCCAUUGACAUAAGUGAGCAUGAUAUCAUUAACUUCAGUGGAGUCAUGCCUGCUAAUGUCAGCCAUGAAUUUAGCUCAGUGAGUAUUAAAAUCAAAGCACAUCUCUAAUACAUUAAGAUUUUAGCCUGGCAUGCAUUUAAGGAUAAAGGCCCAGUUGGUGAUUGAACUAGUAAGACCUCAUGCUAGGGGUCCUGUGGCUCUCUUAAUGAAAGCCCCUAAACCAGCAAAUUUCCCAGCACAAAAUGGGCCCAAUCAGCGUUUGACCACACAUAAACCUAUCAUAAUUUUAGCAGAGCUGAGAAUGUUGGAAUGAGGAGAGUAUCAUUUUUUAACUUUGUCAACAGGAGAUGUGUAUAGUUUCUGAACUACUGUUCAUAUUUCCUUUCUUUUUAAAGUGUAAACAGUUCUUUAGCAGCUUUAGACGCAUGAUAAAAUUUUAACCAAAAAGUUAGAAAAAUAUAUUUAUCUUAAAGGGGUGUGGUUUUUAUGCAGGGUAGAUAUUUAUUAAGAAUUGAUGUAACAAAGCAUUGCAUUUCUCAUGGUUCCUUAUAAUUUUCCUACAGAUUUAAAAAACGCUAGCUCUUGUGUGAUCAGUGUGUAAUUCUUUUUUGGUGUUAAACUUAAGCUGCUGUACAAGCUUAAUCUGCUGUCUGUGAUUUUACCAUAUGCACAUUGUUAAAAAAAAUAAGUGAAAUACCAAAAUUAAAUUCUAACCUUUAAAGUUAUUCAGAAUUACAGCAUAUUUUGACAAAUAAUUUUGUGAGUGAUCUAGUUUAAUUUUUUCUAUCUAUAAAAUGAUUGUUUCAAGCAUAAAAAUAGAAAUCAUAAAUGUAUCUUUGGGUGGGAGUUCUAGCAGUAAAUUUAAGGAAAUGGCCACAUUUUUCACUUCUAACUUGUGACACUAACUUACUUUGAUGUUUUAUUCUUUGUUCCAUAAUCUGUCUUUGAGGAAGCACUGACCAAUAUGAACUUUUUUGUUGUAAUGUAUCUGUAUUGCUGAAAGCUGUCUUUAAAUGCAGUGCUGGAUGUUUUCAUUUUAUGUAUUGUAGUAGUAUCCAGUAUUGUAGAACAUUCCCAUUUUUAGUCUCCAAGACACCAAUGUGGAAAGUUCAUCAGUAUCAGUCACACUAGAUGGGAACAAGAGCUUGAUAGAUCUCUGUAGAGUAUAUGGGAAUGGAUACUUUUGAGCCAUGGUCCACCAUUGAUAUUAUUGGGGAGUUCUUGAUAAAAAUCAUUGGCAUAACCUAACCUUUUGUUUUUGCCCUGUAAUACUUACUGGUUCACAUCAUCAAACACUACCUAUGAUUAAGGCUCUGUGUUUGUCAUGGAGGUCAUGGAAAUCACAGAUUCUGUGACUUUCUGUGACCUCCAUGACUUCUGCAGCAGCUGGUGUGCCUGCCUGCUGCUGGGGCAGUCUCGGGCCCCCCGACCCUCCAGCAGCAGGAAGGUUUGGGAGGGGGCUCAGGACUGGGGUAUUAAGGUGUGGGGCAGUGCUUACCUGGAGGGGAGAGGGCUUCUCACCCUCAGCUUCUAGCUCCACAUGCUGCAUCUGCCUGCAGGCACCACUCCCGCAGCUCCCAUUGGCCGUGGUUCCCAGGCAAUGGGAGCUGCAGAACCAGGACUUGGGGCUGAGUGGAGGCAGCAGCAUGUGGAGCUAAGGAGCCGGGUAGGGAGCCUGUCCCAGCCCCGCCAACCCUCCCCCACAGUGCCCCCCCAAGCACCCGAGGCGCCCCCCCCCGGGCUCCAUCCCCCUCCCCAGUGCCCCCGCUGGAGCACCCGUGGUAUCCCCCCUGGCCGCUCCCCAUCCCAAGCACCUGUGGUUGUCCCUCCUCCGGCCUGUGCUUCCCGCAUCACCUCCCGAGCUGCCCCCCCAAGUUUUAGCCAGGGUUAUACAGUAAAAGUCAUGGACAGUUCACAGGUCAUGAAUUUUUGUUUACUGCCCGUGAUCGGGCCGUGACUUUUACUAAAAAUACCCGUGACUAAAACGUAGCCUUACCUUUGACUUCUGGGUAUACCAGCCAUCAUGGAAACAUAAUUUAAAGCCCUGAUCCAGCAAAGGACUCGGGUACCUGCUUAAAGUUAAGCACUUGGCGGGUCAGGGCCCAAUUGCUCUGAUCGACAGCCACCCCCCCUCUUGACUGGUGUGCAGAGUACCUAGAGAGCUCUCAGUUGCUUUGCUAUUGCUUCUUGAGAUAGAUACUAUAGAGUAACCGUUCUCCUUUUUUUGGCUUAGAAAGAAAAGUGUCAGCAUUUUCUGAUUCUGCCCAGAUUCUCAGCUGAUAAAAACCAACGUGGCUCCAUUCACUUGAAUAAAGCUAUCCCAGCUUACACCAGCUGACGAUUUGGUCCUCUGUAUUACUACUAGUGAAAAGUGUCACCCUUCGAUUACAUUCAUCUUAACAAAUUACUGCUUUCCUUUAUUUCCAGUGAUUGAGACAGUCACCGUACACUUCUGGUUGUCUGUCUGAAACACCAUAGUUCUAAUUCUGUCAUAGCCAUAGCUGUAUUUUUAAACAAAAGCCAAAUUGAACUUUUUUUGAAUGUUUGCACAAAAUAUUUCUUGGAUUUACACUUGCACUGUAUUUGCUUUCUUGAAAGGUGAAGGUUAACCUUACAGUAUGAUGGAAUUAACUUAUUUGAGCUCUGUAUUUUCUCUGUUGCCGUCCGCUCCCUGUAAUGCCUAAGGUAUGUAAUAAGCGGGUCCUUCUUCAGGAUUGUAACAGCAUUUUCCUACAGUAGCUUAUUUAGACCUAAUAAAUGCAAAAUGUCUAUUUUUUAGUCAAUGAUUUGAAUAAAAAGUAAAGUAAAUGACACUCU